AUGGCGUACGUCCGCUCAGGCGGAGCCUGGGGCAGCGGCUACGGCGCCGGGUACGGUGCUGGUGCGGGUUAUGCUGGUGCGGGUUAUGCCGGCGGCAUGCACGGCGCGGGCAUGUACGGCGGCGGUGCCGAUUGUGGCACCGCCUGCUGCGCUGGGACCACCUCCGCCCUGGGUUGCGGUCCUGCCUGUGGCGCCGGGUGCGCCGAGGCGUCGGGCUGCGGCAGCGGCAUGGGUGGCGGCAUGGGCAGCGGAUGCGGCACAGGGGGAGGCACGAUCUUGAGCUACGUGGGUCCUGGUGGCGACUACGCGCAGGAGACGACCUACAGGUACGUUGGAGCGGGCGCGGGCGAGUUCGGGGUACUCCGCAUUCCCGGCCGCGGCCCCAACUGCUGCCUGUGCCUCCUCAUCCCAGGGCUGCUGUCCCUCUUGCUGCUGCCGCUGCUCCUGUUCGCGCUCGCCCCGGGGAGCACCACGACCACGACCACGACGACCACGAUGACGACCACGCCGUUUAUUCCAACGACCACGGCGCCACCCGACACGACCACGACCAAGAAGACGACGACGCAGGCGCCUCCCCCGCCGCCCCCCCCGCCGCCGCCCCCGCCGCCGCCUCCGCCCCCGCCGCCGCCCCCGCCGCCGCCCACGACCACCGAGAAGAAGAUCAAUUGUGGCGAGGGUGCCCCGGAGUCGUGGGACCAGGCGAAGAAGGUUCAGUGCUGCCUCAUGGAGAACAAGGGGUGCCCGACUACGUCCACGUCGCCCUGCCCCAUCGACUGCAACGCAGGAUACAACGACCUCGACCCGCUGCAGUGGGUGCGCGGCUGGUCCGGCGAGAAGAAAUUGUACUGCUGCAAGACGGCCCAGCGGGGCUGCCCCUCCGAGCUGCCGCCCCCCUCGGGCCUGCCGCCCUCAGGCCUGCCGCCAGCCCCAGACAACAACAAGUACGACUGCGACGCCGGCUACCACCACUGCAUGCACUGCCUGGAGCUGUCGUGGUCUCCUGCGAAGAUCAAGUACUGUUGCGCCAACUUCCACAAGGGCUGCAAGGGCGAAGAGCCGGAGUAG